AUGAAAGUGGACGAAGCGAAAGAGGUAACGGCACCAAAGUUCCCAGUUGUGAUCAAAAUCGGGCAUGCGCACAGCGGCGUCGCCAAAGUGAAAGUGGACUCUUUGGCCGACUUUCAGGACAUCGCUGGCGUUGUUGCAAUGUUGGGUAGCUACUGCACCGUUGAGCCAUACAUCGACGCUAAAUAUGAUAUCCACAUACAGAAGAUCGGCACCAACUAUAAAGCUUUUAUGCGCAAGUCUAUAUCUGGCAACUGGAAAACUAAUCAGGGAUCAGCAAUGCUGGAAGCUAUCGGCAUGAAUGAUAGAUACAAGAUGUGGAUUGAUGAGGUGAGCGAAAUCUUCGGUGGUCUCGAAGUAUGUGCCCUAGAACUAGUUGUUGGAAAGGAUGGGCGCGAACACAUCAUCGAGCUAAACGAUUCAGCUACCUCAUUCAUGGGUGACUCGCAGGAAGAAGACCGGCGCCAUCUUGCCGAACUUGUCUUCCAACGGAUGCAGAACGUCUGCCGUCCGGGUAUCACCAAAACGACAUCCCGAAGCUCCGUAUCCAACAGUGGAGCAGCUUCGCCAGAAGAACGUACCCCAGCUCACGUACCAGGAGGUCCCCCUAGCGUCCCACCUCCCGCGCCUCUUGCUACAGCCACUAGCAUCGACCGACCCUUACCUCCGAUACCAGCGGAGCCAUCACAGCCACCACCACCACCACUAACUCGUCGGGAUUCUCAAAUAUCCCAAUCAUCAACGGUCUCCUCAACAUCUGCCGUACCAGCUACCACCGCCACUGCCACUACAACAAACUCUGGCGGAAGCCGCUUUUCCCGCCAAGGAUCUCUGAGCGCAGCGCUCACUGAAGACGCGGAAGACACCAUGAAGAAUCUCCGAAAGACCUUCGCAGGGAUCUUCGGGGAUAUGUAG